GGGAUGAAGAAAGCGAGAUGAUUCGCCUCCAUGACAAGAGCCUUGUGGAGGUUAGUGAGAUCCCCUUCAAGCUGAAGGGUUUGCUGCGUCGAUUGGAGUGGUUGUUUGUGGACCGCAAGGCUGCAUCAACAACAACUUACACAGCCUACAUGAUGCAGUGGCUGCAGCGGGAGCGGCUGAUUCGCUUGAGUGAUGGAACCUUUCGGAGACUUGGGGCCUUGGACCGCAAUGAUGAGAUUGUUCUGCGAUGCUUUAAGCGGAUGGCAGCAUGGGUAGGCUUGGUUGUGACCACGGUCCAAGCUGAAUGGCCAUCGUUUGAAACUUUGGCAUCAUCAGCCGCCUUUGCAUUGAAGCCUGCCUUGAAACCAGCUGACGCAAGUGAAAACUUGAAGAAACUUGCAAAGGCCUUCAGAGUUGACUACCCCAAGCUGCAAGAGCAGUUCAAUGACUUCAAGGUCACUGCCAUCCGGGUCAGGUCCAAGCUUGACGACGGUAAGGAGACAGCCCUCAAUGACCUGAAGGCAUGGUCGCAAUCCAUUGGAAUGAAGCUGGAGCAUCCGUCGGGGACAUCGCCCUGUGAUGUCAUUAGCUCCAUCCUUUCCAAGGUGGUUGUCAUGGCCACUGGAUCCACAGCAGACAACGAGCGAGAUUUUGCUCACAACACUCGUCAUUACCUCAGGAGUUCUCGAGGACUAACCUGUGAUGUUUGGCGUGCAGCAGAGAGAGGGCUAUCUGAAUCAUGCAGUGGAAAGUCGCAAGAGUAUCUGCACCAGCUUGCAGUCGAAGCGCAAAGAAUUUGGCUGGAGGGUUUCAACGGGCCUCGGCAAUCUGGCCCUGAGAAGCGGAUGAACUUUGUCAGCUUGCAGAAGAAGAAGGCUGUGAACAAGAAGUCUUUGAACUCUUGGCUGAAACGAAGACGCAAGGCAGUCAAUGCCGCAGUUCGAGCUUCAUCUUCAAGUUGCUUGGUGACAGGUGAUGAGGCUGACUUGAAAAGGAAAGCCAAAAGGCGUGCUGGUGAUGCAUGGUCAGAUGGCCAUGAUCGGAAGGAAGGUCAUUUGCAAAGCCUGAUCAAAAAGAGAAGAUUUGAAGCGCAAAAGUCAGAUCAGCUCCUUGAAGACGAGAAGAUGGGUGAAGCAGCCUUUACUGCUUUGAACAAAAAGCAGUCAAAUGAUGAUUGGAAAGCUUUCAGGAAGCAUCAGCGUGUGACAGCAAGUUUCGAGAAGAAAUUGAAAUCCCUGGAGAAUUUGCUCAAUGGCCGUGCGGUUUGCCUUCGACGUUUACCUUCCCUUGAUGAGGAGGCGUGCCUGAGCCGAUUGAAGCUUGAACGAAUUUAA